AUGACGGGCAGCACGGAGGGAUCAAUUACUGCACCAGAGUUUCUGGAGCAGCAGAGCCUUUUAGAAAAGGAAGCUCUGGAAUUGAUGCCAUUCGACCCUCAAAGAUGCACUUUUACCGAUGGAGCUCUACGACAACAAUUGUACGCCUGUUUGACGUGUUUGAAAAACCAACCCAAAAGUGAGGGAGAAAAACCAGUGUUUUCAGGUGUGUGUUAUUCCUGCUCAAUUCAAUGCCAUAGUACUCAUGAAUUGGUUGAGCUUUUCACCAAGAGACAUUUUACUUGUGACUGUGGCACUACGAGAAUGCUAUAUAAUGGCGGCUGUCGACUGAGAAACGUCGAUCCAAAGUCGCCAGCGGAUGACAUACCCUCUUCAUCUAAUAGAUACAGCAACAAUUUUGAGGGAACUUUCUGUUCAUGCGAGCAGCCUUAUAACCCCUUAGAAGAAACAGGAAAUAUGUUUCAGUGUUUUUUUGGAGAGGUUUGUAACGAAGAUUGGUUCCAUGAAGAAUGCCUGAUGGGAAUUCCCAGAGGUUCUGUUGAAAGGAAAGCAAAGCAUACUUUGACUCGGAAUGGAAAAAACAUUUUGGAGACUCUUCCAGAAAUUGAAGUUGAUGAAGACGCAGCUACUAAGACUGAAGAAAAUGAUUCCGGUGAAGAGGAUGCAGCACCACUUCCAGGGUUUCCUUCUGCCAAUGAUUUUGACUGUCUCAUAUGCUGGAAAUGUGUUGACAAGUUCAAAGCCUUAGAUUUGAUUCCACGGUCUGUGAGGUUGCCAGAUAUAUUUCACGUAGAGAGCAAAUCACUAGAUGACCGAGCAACACAAUUGAAAAACUACAAAGAAACACAGUCGAAUUCCAAACGCCUAAAGACCACAACUUCUAAAGAUUUCAAGUUUUCCAUUUUUCUAAAAGAUGGAUUCCAGUCGGCCUUAAAAUCAAUCAUAUCCACCAACGAAAAACAUUACGACCCUCUAAUAUCCCUAUUAAGACAGUUUCCCUUCCUAUAUGAAGAGGACCCAGUCUACGAACCCCCUGAAGAGAGUUUACAUUCUGAAACAGAAUCUUCAUCAAUGUUUGAUCUCGGGACUAAGGCUCUGGAAAGCUUGCCUCGAGAACAAGCAAUCGAAGGCCUUCAAGCCUAUGAAAAAGUAAAACAAAAGCUUUCACAGUUCCUACGUCCCUUUGCCCAAGAAGGGCGCAUAGUUACCAAAGAGGAGAUUAAGCGAUUCUUUGAAGAUACUGAAUAA